AUGGCUGCGACUAACUCUGCUGAAAGGGACGCCCUUUCGGAAGAGCGAGAAGCAGUAUUGUUAUUAGCCGGUGAAGACGAACAAGAAGAGAGUUCUAAAGACGAAGACAAUCUAAACUUCAAGGCUAUGGUUAAGAGCAUGGGCGAGGAUUUGAGAUCUGUUCUGAAACGUCUUUCUCGGGUCGAAACUGACAAGGAAAGAGCAAUGAAAAGACUCCGAGUUGCUGAAGAAACUGAUAGUCCACAUUCUGAUGCAGAAGUGGAACUCUCUGAUUCGGAGCAGCUUAUUGUGCCGCAAACAAGGCAGCCAAAAUGGCGAAGCGCCAAACUCAAUCCCCUCAGUAGCUGA